AUGGUCCACGUGUUUGCCGAGAGCCCUCACUUUCUCUCCCAUCCUGGCUUGAGGGUUGGGGGGACAGGAGGGAGCCAGCUGCUGGCGUGGUUGCUGUGGCUGCAGGCGUGGCAGGUGGUGGCGCCGUGCCCAGGCGCCUGCGUGUGCUACAAUGAGCCAAAGGUGACAACGAGCUGCCCACAGCAGGGCCUGCAGGCCUUGCCUGCUGACAUCCCAGCCGCCAGCGAACGUAUCUUCCUACAUGGGAACCGCAUCGUGCACGUGCCGGCUGCCGGCUUCCACGCCUGCCGCAACCUCACCAUCCUGUGGCUGCACUCCAAUGCACUGGCCCGCAUUGACGCUGCCGCCUUCUCUGGCCUGGCGCUCCUUGAGCAGCUGGACCUCAGCGACAAUGCGCAGCUGCGCUUCGUAGACCCUGCUACAUUCCGCGGCCUGAGCCGCCUGCACACACUGCACCUGGACCGCUGCGGCCUGCAGGAGCUGGGCCCAGGCCUGUUCCACGGUCUGGUUGCCCUGCAGUACCUCUACCUGCAGGACAAUGGGCUGCAGGCGCUGCCUGAUGACACCUUCCGUGACCUGGGCAACCUCACGCACCUCUUCCUGCAUGGCAACCGCAUCCCCAGCGUGCCUGAGCGUGCCCUUCACGGCCUGCACAGCCUCGACCGUCUCCUGCUGCACCAGAACCGUGUAGCCUACGUGCACCCGCACGCCUUCCAUGACCUCGGCCGCCUCAUGACGCUCUACCUGUUUGCCAACAACCUCUCGGCACUGUCUGCCGAGGCCCUGGUGCCCCUGCGUGCCCUACAGUACCUGCGGCUCAAUGACAACCCUUGGGUGUGUGACUGCCGGGCACGCCCGCUCUGGGCCUGGCUUCAGCAGUUCCGAGGCUCCUCGUCCGAGCUGCCCUGCAGCCUGCCUUUACACCUGGCCAACCGCGACCUCAAGCGCCUGGCUGCUGCCGACCUGGAGGGCUGUGCCAUGGCUGCCAGGCCCUCCCGUCCCAUCCGGACCGGCGGGCCCGCUGAUGAGCUGCUGGGGCUGCCGAAGUGCUGCCAGCCAGACGCCGUGGACAAGGCCUCCGUGCUGGAGGCUGGGAGCCCAGCAUCAGCUGGCAACGCACUCAAGGGGCGUGUACCACCUGGUGACAGCCCGCCAGGCAACGGCUCCAGCCCGCGGCACAGCAAUGACUCCCCCUUGGGGACCCUUCCUGGCUCGGCCGAGCCCCCACUGACUGGGCUGCAGCCCGAGGGCCCCGAGCCACCAGGGCCCCCCACCACAGGCCCACGCCGGAGGCCAGGCUGUUCCCGCAAGAACCGCACCCGCAGCCAGUGCCGUCUGGGCCAGGCGAGCAGUGGGGGCGGCGGGGGUGGUGACGCAGAAGGCUCAGGUUCCCUGCCCGGCCUUGCCUGCAGCCUCGCCCUCCUGGGCCUGGCACUGGCGCUGUGGACAGUGCUCGGGCCUUGCUGAUCAGC